UGGUCCUUGUCUCCUUGUCCCGCCUCCGGGUGGGUGGAGUUUUUCAUGUGGACAUUUCCGGUAUUGAGUUGUUGCUUGUCAGAAGGGACGUGGGGUUCAGCGCUAGUUGUUCAUGGACCAGUUGUGUGCAGUGCCAAUGUUAAAAUGGAACAGAGCAUCUUAGGACCAAUGUCCCAAGAAGCAGCAGAGGAGGAAAAUAUAAAAACAUUUCUGGAGGACCAGCUUCAGACCAGCAUGAUGGUGGGAAUAGUGCUCGGUGCUGGCGUGUCCAUUAUCCUCAUCGCCACCUUCAUCUUCUUUGUGCUGCGCAGGAUUCACCUUCGGAACCUGGCAGCUCAAGAAGCCCCCAAAUACCGCUUCCGCAAACGAGACAAAGUAUUGUUCUAUGGCAGGAAGAUCAUGAGGAAAGUCUCUCAGUCCACCUCGUCUUUAGUCGGAACAUCGUCGUCCUCUUCCUCCCGACCGAGACUGAAGAAAAAACAGAAGAUGCUCAACAUUGCCAAAAAGAUCCUGCGCUUUAAGAAAGAGGUGCCCACCCUGCAGAUGAAGGAGCCUCCUCCCUCAGUUCUAGAGGCUGAUCUCACAGAGUUCGAUGUUGCCAACUCACAUCUGCCCUCAGAAGUGCUCUACAUGCUCAAGAACGUGCGUGUUUUGGGCCACUUUGAAAAGCCCUUGUUUCUGGAGCUGUGUAAGCACAUGGUCUUCCUGCAGUUCCAGCAGGGUGAAUAUGUCUUCAGACCUGGACAACCAGACAGCAGCAUCUAUGUGGUGCAGGAUGGCAAACUGGAGCUCUGUCUUACUGGACAGGACGGGAAGGAUGGAGUGGUGAAAGAGGUGUUUCCAGGAGAUUCGGUUCAUAGUCUAUUAAGCAUUCUUGAUGUCAUUACAGGUCACCAGAGGCCGUAUCGGACCGUAUCUGCUAGAGCUGCAGAGGUGUCCACAGUCCUGCGUCUGCCUGUCGAGGCAUUUCUGUCCAUCUUCGAGAAAUAUCCUGAGAGUUUAGUGCGUGUGGUGCAGAUCAUCAUGGUGAGGCUGCAAAGAGUGACUGUCCUGGCUUUACACAACUACCUAGGCCUCACUAAUGAGCUUUUCUGCCAUGAGAUGCAGCCCCAGCGGUUACCUGUACUCUCACCGCACGUCAGUCGCACUAGCCCUGUACGCCACAGCAAACGUUUCAGCAGCCUCACUGUGCCAGAAGACCAGAGGGAAGCCGCCGUCAGAGACGCCACCGACCAUGGGAAGGAGGGCAGCACCAUCCCGACUCUGAGCAGGGCUAUCUCCAUGCCUGUGGACAUCGCGGGCAUGCAAAAGAGCCUACGUUCAGAUUUUGACAUGGCGUACGAGAGGGGCCGCAUUUCCAUGUCUGCCGAGGAUGGAACAGCCACAGCAACCCUGUUUACACGGGACCAGCGAGAGAGAAGGGUGACAGUGGAUGAGGUGCCCUCUGGUGUGUAUCUAUACCCCGAGGAGGAAGUGGGUUCAGAGAACGUUUACAGCCCGUUGCCAGGACGACCCAACGCCGCCUUGUUUGAGGAAGCACAGAAAGAGUUCCUGAAACUUAUGAAAAUUGAGGACCCUGCUUUGUUAAACGGACGUGUGACCUUGCAUCAUGCCAAAGCAGGCACUAUUUUAGCCAGGCAGGGAGACCAGGACGUGAGUCUGCAUUUCGUGUUGUCCGGCUGCCUGCAUGUGUAUCAGCGAAUGAUUGACAAGCAGGAGGACGUGUGCCUGUUUGUGACUCAGCCAGGUGAGAUGGUGGGUCAGCUGGCCGUGCUGACCGGAGAGCUGCUCAUCUUCACCGUCCGUGCCCUCCGCGACUGCACCUUCCUCAGGAUCUCCAAAUCGGAUUUCUAUGAGAUCAUGAGGGAGCAGCCCAGUGUGGUCCUGAGUGCAGCUCACACCGUGGCCAUCCGCAUGUCUCCUUUUGUAAGGCAGAUGGACUUUGCCAUUGAUUGGAUGGCUGUGGAGGCUGGACGUGCUCUCUACAGGCAGGACGAUCAGUCAGAUUGCACCUACAUCGUGCUGAACGGCCGUCUGCGUUCUGUCAUCCGGAAAGCAAAUGGAAAGAAGGAGCUGGUAGGGGAGUACGGUAGAGGAGAUCUCAUCGGAGUGGUCGAGGCUUUGACCAGGCAGCCGCGGGCGACGACGGUUCAUGCGGUCCGAGACACUGAACUGGUGAAACUUCCAGAAGGAACAUUGAACAACAUUAAGAGACGUUAUCCCCAGGUUGUUACUCGGCUGAUCCAUUUGUUGAGCCAGAAAAUUUUAGGAAACCUUCAGCAGCCUCGUGGACCUUUCUCAGGUUCAGCUUUGGGUUUGCCCGCCAUGGCAUCGAGCCCUGAUGUCACCAAUCCAGCCAGCAACCUCUCCACUGUGGCUGUACUUCCUGUUUGCGAUGAAGUGCCAAUCAAUGCCUUUAACUUGGAACUCAGUCAUGCUCUUAGUGCCAUAGGACCCACUUUGCUGCUGACGAGUGACAUUAUCAGAGAACGACUUGGAGCUUCUGCUUUAGAUAGCAUUUAUGAGUACAGGUUAUCGGGCUGGUUGGCCCAACAGGAGGACAUCAAUCGUAUAGUUUUGUAUCAAACAGACAACAGUAUGACUCCCUGGACACAGCGCUGCAUCAGACAAGCAGACUGCAUCCUUAUCGUUGGCCUUGGAGACCAGGAGCCUAGUCUUGGCCAGCUGGAGCAGAUGUUGGAGAACACAGCAGUGCGGGCUCUGAAGCAGCUGGUCCUGCUGCACCGUGAAGACGGCCCUGGUCCUUCUAGGACCGUGGAGUGGCUGAACAUGCGUAGCUGGUGUUCUGGCCAUCUUCAUCUCAAGUGUCCGCGUAGAGUUUUCUCACGCAGGAGCCCAACCAGACUGAGGGAGGUGUAUGAGAAAGUGUUUGAGAAGACAGCAGACAGGCACAGUGAUUUUUCCCGCUUGGCUCGAGUCCUAACAGGAAACAGCAUUGCUCUUGUACUAGGAGGAGGUGGAGCUAGAGGCUGCUCACAUGUGGGCGUGAUCAAAGCCAUGGAGGAGGCAGGGAUUCCUAUUGAUUUAGUGGGCGGAACGUCUAUCGGCUCUUUCAUCAGUGCACUGUACGCAGAGGAGAGGAGCGCUGUUCGUGUGAAACAGCGAGCGAGAGAAUGGUCAAAGGCGAUGAACUCCGUGUUUAAAACUGUGCUAGAUCUAACCUAUCCCAUCACUUCCAUGUUCUCUGGCUCCGCCUUCAACACCAGCAUUUCCAAAGUGUUUGAAGAGAAGCAAGUUGAGGACUUGUGGCUGCCUUAUUUCAACGUAACCACUGACAUCACAGCAUCUUCAAUGCGGGUACAUAAAGACGGCUGUGUGUGGCGCUAUGUUAGAGCCAGUGCCUCCUACACCCCAUAUUUACCUCCUCUCUGCGACCCCAAGGAUGGCCACCUCCUCGUGGAUGGUUGCUAUGUAAACAAUGUCCCAGGCUCUCUGUGGCGCUAUGUGCGGGCGAGCAUGACCCUCUCCGGGUACCUGCCGCCCCUUUGCGACCCCAAAGAUGGCAACCUGCUCAUGGACGGCGGCUACAUCAACAACCUACCAGCUGACAUUGCUCGCAAUAUGGGAGCCAAAACGGUCAUCGCUAUUGAUGUGGGCAGCCAGGAUGAAACCGACCUGUGUAACUAUGGCGACAGCUUGUCCGGCUGGUGGUUGCUUUGGAAACGGAUCAACCCGUGGGCAGAGAAAGUUAAGGUACCCGACAUGGCUGAGAUCCAGUCCCGACUGGCAUAUGUGUCGUGUGUCCGGCAGCUGGAGUUGGUCAAAAAGAGUGGCUACUGCGAGUAUAUCCGGCCUCCCAUCGACCGCUUUAAGACAAUGGACUUCGGGAAAUUUGACGAGAUCUAUGACGUGGGCUAUCAACACGGGAAGCUGCUGUUAACUGGCUGGGCACGUGGUGACAUCAUUGAGAACAUGCUGAAGGAUCACCGCUCGGCAGACUACACCGACAGCAAGAAGACAGACAGCUACACAUGUCCCGGUGCUGACUUCACUGAUCUGGCUGAGAUUGUGUCCAGAAUUGAGCCUGUGCAGAGCUACAUGGCUGCUGAUGCUGAGGAGUCCGACGGAUUGACGGAGUAUGAGGAGGACGGGAUGGACACGGUUAGAGAAGAGGAAGGUGAGGAGGAGGAGGAUGAAGCUGACGACCCUGAGGAUCAGUCACCUGGAGACUGGGGACCAAAUGAUAUUUUUCACUCGGAUGAAGAGAAAUCAAUCCGUCAGCGGAGGAAGCACCCCAGUGAGUCAAACACGUGCUCUGAACUUUCCGAUUGCUGAUCGGACGUGACCUGGCGUCCUGUCACCCUUUUCUGGGGACUGAAAAAUAGCCGCGUCCCUCCACAUCCGACUGAAUGACAGGAGUCAAGGAGGAAGACGGACAACCAAAGAUAACUGUUCAAAUAUACAGCGAUGCCACCGAAGCCAAUCCGAGCGAAGAGACAGUGGCUUGCGCUCCUGUGAGAGUGUGGUGGAAAAACCAAUAAAGUAGAAAAGUAUCACCGUGAGCAUCAUGGGAGUUGAGUUAGGGCUCUAACUAUCUCUCCCAGCGUAUUUUUGGAGUUUUUUCUUUUCUCCCAUAUAGACAAGCUCUGAUUAACGGCCAGUAUAAACUGUGUGAUUGUGUGACGUGUGUGUCCUGUUUUGAAGACUAAACGUGUCAGAAGAACAGGAAGUGUCUGGACAGGUGUGAAUGUGUGAGUGUGAGUUUGUGAUGAGUUCACAGAGGUAAGAAAUAUUCAGAGUGCUGCUAGAGCCCCACUAGUUUACAGAGGAUAGAUACAUUAGAAAUGUAUAUGUGGAGUAGCGAGGAACAAAAAGGAAUAUACAGUAGGGUGCUGUAUUAACCUAGAAAGGUGCCAUUGGUGAAAAAAUAAGUUUCCCUAAACAUGACAUUCAUGAUUUAAGAUUUAUUUCGAAUUAUAUUAACACUUCAACCUAUAACUUUAUUUUUACAAUCAAUAGAAUCAACACUGGACUAAAAUUAACUAUCGAAAUUUAAAAACCCACUAACAGCCAUGGUAAAAAUAAACGUUAAGAAAUCUUUAAUUCGUCGUUUAACAACAACGUAACGUCUGAAGCACUGAGGUAAAAACUUACCCUCUCGUGUGUUAACUUACGUUUAGUCAUGAAUUUUUCUAAACAUUAAUAAGUGCAGGAUUCAGUGAACAUUUAAACCGUAAUAUCUUUAUUACAGGUUAUUAAGGCUGAAGUUUACGGUGUCUAACGCUAACUAAUGAUAGAAAAGGCAAAACCCUACAGGUGAACAGGAUUAUUAUCAGUGCUCAAUUUGGGGAGAAAUAGACUUAGGGACUUAAGGAGGACCCCAAGAUUAUUUUAGUAAAAAAUAAAUGAGGACCCCCAAUAAGAUUUGACUCAAUUUGAGCACUGGUUAUGAUAACAAAUAGCGUAAAUAGUUAAAAUGACAACAAUCACAGUCAAGUAUGUGAUAAAUACAUAUAUAUAUUUAUAUACACACACACACACACACACACACACACACACACACACACACACACACUGUAUGGCAAAGACACCUGAAUAUAAUAUUCGAAUGUGCUUUUUAAACAUCCCAGUCCACAUUCAGUCCCCAUUCAGUCCCCAUUCGCUGUUAUAUUAACAGUCACUCUUACAUUUUUUUUUAGUGUGUGCUUGUGGAGGUUUGUGUUCAUUCAGCCACAAGGGUGUUAGUAAAUGCAGCUACUGGGUUCAAUAGGGUUGAGAUCAGAGCUCUACAGCAGCCCACUCAGGAUCUUCCUCUCCAAACCAUGUAAAGCAUAUCUUCAGGUAAGUGGCUCUGUGCACAGACACAUUGUCAUACUGGAACAGGUUUGGGUCUUCUAGUUCAAGUAAAGGGACAAUUUGAUGUUACCGCAUUUCCAGUAACAGUUUGGGGAAGAACCACAUGUGGCUGGAAAAGUGAGGCGUCACAAUACUUUCACUGCCAUACUUUAUUCAAAUUGCCUUCACUUUUUUUUUUAAACCUGUAGUGUCUUGCCUUUUGUAUCUAUCAAGAGUUAAAGUGAAAACUGGACCUAAUCCCUGCAGUUAUUCAUUAGAUAAUAUGAAAAUGUUUGUGGAUCCUCCAGCAGUCAGGCGAGUCUUAGAUCGUUUCUACGAGUCACGUGGGCACUAAAUUACAAGAUAGACCUCAAAAUACUUUUUUUUUUAACAAGUAGAAAAAAACUAUUAAAUGCAAGAACCUGUGUGUGUGAAGUGAGAUGUAGUGAGUGUUGAGGGAUUAUUGUACCCAUUGUGUGUGUAAUGGUGUACCAAAGGGUGAAGUUGGGAUGCUUUUGUGUCCAUUAACAUUUCUUUAGAAUUAUUGCAUACUGAUAUUCAUGCACAAAAAAAAUGCUCUAACAAUUCCAGAUGCAAAAUUAUAAUUUUUUUUUUCAUACUACUGAUUUUUCUCUUUGAAACAAAAAGAAAUGGCUGCAGUGAAGUAAUUCUACAAUGAUAGAUUAUCAUUUCUGUAUGUAGAUUGCUUUAGCAUUUUGCACUAAGAACAUAAUUUAUUAAUUUAAACUGUUUUGCAUUAAAACUGAUGGAAUGGAUGACUUGGGGAAAAUACCCGGAAACUUGCUAAAAAUAAAUCCUUAUUAAUGCAAAA